CAGAAACACACACAGAGACCUGGUAGGAAUUGAAUAUUCAAACAUUGAAUUUAAAAAGAAAGGUGCCUGAAUGAUUUGGUGAGGAAAUUAUAUACCCCUAUUAAAAUACUCCAUAUUAGCUCGUAGCAGUGUCAAGGUAUCUAUAAUCCAGAGUAUGACAAGUUAUCUACUCCAUAAUACAGGGUAAUGUUAAACAAAUAAAGGCACAAGCUUCCACCAUUUGCAGGCAUGCCCGCACUUCGAAGCUGCAGAAAUUAUAUGCCACCCCUAUUACCGUUCUUCUGGGCGGAAUGACCGGAACCGCCUUCAGGUCGUCUCCGGUUAUUUCGAGUGGAAUAUUUUGAUAAAAUUUUGUGAGCAUAUUCUUCUGAAAUGAAAAUUAUGUCGCAGUGUUUUUUCAAUAAUUUAUUUAACAGAUUUCCUAUUAAAUUUCAAUAUGAAAUCAUCUCAAAUAAAGACCUCUGGACAGAUUCCAAUUAAUCCAGACUAACAGAAACGACCCUCUAUAUAUAUAAAAACAUAGAUAAAUCACGCCUGCACUAGUUAUUUAAGUGUGAAUUCUCCAUUCCAUGUGAGCAUUCAAGGAAAUAAUCUUAAGAUAUUUAGAAUGGGCUUUUUUCUUCUCUUGUUCUCCGAUAACUCUUUACUAAUAGGCAUUGUUGGGCUGCUUUUAGUGGUCUGGGCCUUGCGGUCACUGGGGCGAACAAAAAAGAAUAAAAACAAGUUAUUACCGCCGCCGGAGGUGAGGGGAGCAUGGCCUGUGAUUGGGCACCUCCGGCUGUUAACCUCCGGGAAGCAACCACUGGCUCGAACCUUGGGAAGGAUGGCUGAUGAAUACGGACCCAUAUUUGCCAUCCGGGUCGGGAUGCAGCGGUCAGUCGUCAUCAGCAGUUGGGAAACCGCCAUGGAGAGUUUCUCUGCUAACGACAAGCUCCUUGCCGAUCGCCCCCAUAGUUGUGCUGGAAAGUACAUUGGAUACGAGUAUGCAGUAUUGCCAUUCGCACUUCACGGACCGUUCUGGCGGAGCAUGCGGAAGUUGGUGGUGGUAGAAAUGCUCUCAAACAACACCCUGGAAAAACUAAAGUCUGUUUGGAUGUCGGAAUUAGACGCCAACCUCAAAGGACUUUUCAGUCCCACAGGAAAGGCGUUGGACAUGAGCGAAUGGUUCGGACACUUGACGAUGAACAUAGUCGUUAAGCUGUUAGGCGGAAGAACAAACGACCCUCACAAGGAGGCCGCUGCCAUAGACGCCGACGUAGAGGAGACACGUCGAAUGGCUAAAGUGUUCAACGAAAUUAUGCGCCUCACCGGGGAACUUGCCCCAGGAGAUUCAUUUUACCCGUCUGGGUUGGUCAGGUGGUUGGAUUUUGGCGGAACGGUUGCGUCCAUGAAACGAGCCGCUAAGGAAUUGGAUUGUAUCUUUCGGAAAUGGAUAGAUGAGCAUGUGAAGAGGAGAUCAAAUGCUGCUGCCGCCGGUGGCGGUGAGGACGACCGGGACUUCAUUGACGUAUUGCUUUCAGUCAUUGACGGUAAAUUUGAGUCUGUAGGCCAUUCUUACACUCGUGAAACUGUCAUCAAGGCCGCAUUGCAUAGCGUGCUAGUAGACGGAGCAGACACGUUGGGCCUGAAUUUGGAAUGGGUAUUGUCUGUAUUACUUAACAACCCAUUUGCGUUGAAGAAAGUCCAAGAAGAGAUGGACACCAUAAUCGCCGGCAAUGAAAGAUGGGUACAAGAUUCCGACAUUGAACAGAUGGUGUACUUCCAGGCUGCCGUCAAAGAAGCUAUGCGGCUAUACCCAGCCGCCCCUCUUCUAUUCCCGCACAGGGCCAUGGAAGAUUGCACCAUCGGAGGUUAUGUCGUUGCAAAGGGCACCAUCUUGUACCCCAACGUGUGGAAGAUCCACCGGGACCCAAGGGUGUGGCCGGAGCCGGAAAAGUUCUCGCCAGAGAGAUUUAUGGGGCGUGAUGAAAGAGAGACGGAUCCGAGCAGGCAUUUUGGGUACAUUCCUUUCGGGAUCGGGAGACGAUCGUGUCCCGGAAUUUCGUACGCUUUGAAAGUGACGCAUCUCGCCAUUGCCCGUUUGAUCCAAGGGUUUAUCAUCACAACUCCGGGGAAUAUGCCGGUGGACAUGUCGGAAGGGCAAGCCAUCACUCUGCUUAGAGCAACUCCGCUGGAAGUGCAUAUUACUCCUAGACUACCAUCUUCUUUUUAUGAAUAAAAAUAGUUUAGGUGGCCGAAUACGUACUCCAUCCCUCCAUAAUCCGUAUAUGCAUGCUUCCAAAAUAAUAUCUCACUCUCUGCUAGUUUGGUGUGUCUAAAUUAUGUUGAAGUUAUUGUUUUUAUGUCAGUGUACGUUCCCUCGUAAUGGAAGGAGGGGAAUAAAUUGUAUGUUGUUUCUCAUCGUUUAACUAUGGGAUAAUUUUAGAUCAUGAGAAUGAGAAUGGUCAUUAGAAGUAUGUAAUAGUCUCUUAAUAAUGAGA